AAGUUUAUCUCCUUAAAAAAAAUUGCCAAUUAAUUUUUUUUAUUCUUAUUUUCUUAUUUUUGAAAAAAAAAACAUUUCUCAAUUAAUAACGCAUGAUGUGUCAUACUUAGGAAAAUAAUAAUGAUACUAAUAAUACUCUCAUUCUCACUCUCGAUCAGCAAGCGACUGACCCAGUCGGAGGGUUGCUCCUCCCAGUCGAUCGGCGGUACUCGUCGGAGCUCCGAGUCGUAGCCACUCUUCUAUUCUAUUCUUCCUCCUGCUCUUCUAAUCUGUUGCAAAGAUAUUGACCUUAGGCAGAGAUGUGACUUCUUCUUUUCUCAUUCAUCUACGUACUAAGUUUACAUGCCUUUCUAUGGAAGAAGAAGAAGAAGAAGAAGAAGACUUUGGUAUUUUUUUCAACAACAACACAGAAGACUCUGUUACUUUUACAAACACUCUCAUGCUUUCACAUGACACAUACGAGGCAUUGGUGAAGAACGAUAAUGCUGAUGCCAAAGCUGUCAUAGACAAUUUGCUUGCAUCGGUUAAUAUGCCUUCUUCUAUGUAUUUUCUCGCGAAAGAAAUUAUUAAUUAUUGUCGGAACAACAAAGAUGAACUUUUAGGAGUAAAGGUAGAUGUUGAAAUUUUUGUUGAUGAACUACCUCUCGAUGAAGAUGACGAAGACGAUGGUAAUGAAUUAGGUAUUGAUGAUGAUAUUCCUAUCAAUUUCGCACCGGCAAGUGAAAAGGCAAUUGAAAGAUUAGAGAAAGUCCUGAUUAAGGAUGAACAUGCUUCGUGUUCUAUUUGUGUGGAGAAUGUUUUGGUCGGUUCGGAAGCUACUAAGUUAUCUUGUGCGCACAUAUAUCAUGAAAAAUGUAUUGUUAGGUGGCUACAAACUAGUAAAUUUUGUCCAUUGUGUCGAUUUGAAAUAGCUUAGUAUAUGUGUUUCUAGAAGUGCUUAAUCCAAAAGGGAAUUAAUGCAUAUAAUAGACCUGUGAUUCGUGACUAGUAGUUGAACAGAGUUAUGAUUUGUCUAUUUAGUUGAUUACUUCAAAAUUGAAUGGUUAAGUCAGUAGUGAAUGAAGUUUGUCCUUCUCA